GCUAGCGGUACUUUCGGACUAUACGUAGCGAUGCAGCACAUGCCGUUGUCGGAGUUAAGUUAUCACCUUACGCGGGAUCCGCUAUCAUACAGAACAGACUUUGAGGAACAACUCGAAAACUUUAGCACACUAAAGCAGUCAUUUUCUUCUGCCCCUUCUCAAUAUAUAAGUAGACUAGAGGAACUGUUGUCAUUCUUAUCUCAAGUAACACAUUUCGAGUCUUUUUAAACUCUCAAAGGUUGUAAGGUAUUAUCCUGAGCAUGUUGCAGAGUUCACUACCAGUGUUAUUCAAAUACUGUUGUCGCGUUCAUUUGGUAUGCACCCUGAAAUGCGUAUGGUAAAUUUCAACCCAAAAUAUAACAGUUCUCAGGCUUUUUUAAGAGCAUUCAUGAGACUUCGAACUAAAAACUUGAUUCCAGCCACACAAGCAGUUGAUAUCGCAUUUAAGUUGUAUAGAUGUCGAGAUAAACAAGUUCGAAAAACAUUACGUCACUUCCUCGUAAGUGACAUAAAACGAAUGAAUAAAUGUCAAAAGCAGACAAAAGCUAAUGCCGUCAUAUUGUCGUUUAUUUCGAAGAUGAUCAAAGAUAACAGUUCAACUGUUGCUCGUGAAGCUGUCCUAAUUUUACUGUGCUUGUUCAAGAAAAAUGUGUGGAAUGAUGCGCGGACUGCCAACGUCAUUGCAGACUCAUGUCUUAUAUGCAACAAGAAAGUUUAUGUUCCUGCUAUUCAAUUUUUCUUGGGAAAGUCAAAGGCCCUUGACGAGAUGGAAACAAGCAGUGACUCAGAAUCAGAUGAUGAAGAAACCAAAAUAAAACAAUUACGCUUGGGACAUCGGGUUGGUGUUAAAACAAAAAAUCGACAAAAACGUCUUGAACGGUCAAUAAAACAUAUAAAUAAAGAAAAAGAACGUAAAAUGAAAAAGCGUACAGAAUUGACUAAUUUCCAUGCUUUAAAUAUGCUACAUGAUCCACAAACAUUUGCUGAAAAGCUUUUCCGAAAAUUGGAACGAUGCUCAGAUCGCUUUGAAAUUCGUCUCUUAAUUCUCGAUCUGAUAAGCAGAUUGAUUGGAUUAAAUAAAUUAGUUCUUCUUAAUUUUUACCCAUUUAUUCAGCGUUUUUUACGUCCACAACAAAGAGAUGUGACUUAUUUAUUACUGUUCUCAGCACAGGCUAGUCAUGAUCAAGUUCCACCUGAUGUAAUGGAACCCUUAAUACGAGUAAUCGCUGAUAAUUUUAUUACAGAACGUGCGUCAUCUGAAGCAAUAGCGAUUGGAUUAAACUCAGUACGUGAGAUAUGUUUACGUUGUCCUUAUGCAGUCACAAAAGAUUUACUAUCUGAUUUAAUUCAGUAUCGAUCAUAUCGAAAUAAAAAUGUGGUCGCUGCAGCACGAUCAAUUAUACGUCUUUAUCGACAAAUAAAUCCUGAAUUGUUACCACGUAAAGAAUGCGGACGUCUAACAGAAUCACAAUUAGACGUAUUAAAAUAUGAUAUACCUCAAAAUGUUGCAAUUAAUUAUGGUCAAUGUACUACAUCUUCAACUAUUCCUGGAGCUGAAAUAGUUGUUCUGGCUUCAGAGAAAUUGAAUGUUAAAAAGAAAGAAUCCUCUGAAAAAUCUAAUAAAAGUUUGGAUGAUUCAGAGAAAUGCUUAAAUAAUGAAGAAAAUGAUUCAUGGGAAUCGUGUUCUGAGGUUCAAGAGUCCGAGGAUAAAACAUGUCAUGACAGUCAAACAGAUGAAUCAGAUGAUGAAUGGGUAAAUUUACCCAAUUCCUCAGAAGAAGAUAAUGAACAAGAUAAUGUUGACAUGGAAAUAGAUGAAUCUAAUAUGAAUGUCUCUUCAAAGAAAACUAAAAUAGAUCCAAGUGUUUUGAAAGAAAAAGCUUUAGAGAUAGCAUCAUCACGUAUAUUUACUCAAGAGGAAUUUGAAGCAAUGCGU